CAGACGUUGGAUUCCAGCAGUUCAGUUGUUGCAUUUUCACUGUGUCGGGUGUGUUUGAAGCUCACUCAUGAGAGGAACCCGGCUGCAGUUUGGACCGGCUCGAGGCUGAAGAUGCAGAACUUUCGGGUGGAUGAUUUCAUCGCAGGAUGGAUCGGUGGAGCCUCCAGUGUGGUCGUUGGACACCCGCUGGACACCGUGAAGACGCGGCUCCAGGCGGGAAAAGGCUACAGGAACACUUUGCACUGCAUCCUCACCAUCUACAGAAAGGAAACGGUCAUGGGCUUCUUUAAGGGCAUGUCUUUCCCGCUGGCCAGCAUCGCUGUGUACAACUCGGUGGUGUUUGGCGUUUUCAGUAACACCCAGAGACUCAUUAGCAAGUAUCGCUAUGGUGACGGCCAGCAUCCGAGUGGCAUGCAGGACCUGGCCGUGGCCAGCAUGCUGACUGGACUGGUGUCCGUGGGCCUGGGAGCCCCCGUGGACCUGGUCAAGAUCAGACUGCAGAUGCAGACACAGAUGGUUCUAGCAGAGAACCUGCAGCUGGCCGGCAGCGUCUCCAACGGCAACAACAUCAGCCUCCCCAGCCAGCAGCUCUACCGAGGCCCCAGCCACUGCAUCAGCAGCGUCCUGCAGAGUGAGGGGCUGCAGGGCCUGUACAGGGGAGCGGGGGCCAUGCUGCUCAGGGACAUUCCUGGAUACACCCUCUACUUCAUCCCCUACACCAUCUUCUGCGACCUGUUAAAGCCCGACACCACGUCCAGCCCCCACCCCUGCUCCAUCUGGCUCGCUGGAGGAUUGGCAGGGUCCAUUUCCUGGGUCACUGCCACCCCGGCCGACGUGGUGAAGAGUCGAAUGCAGGCCGACACUCAGCUGCAGAGGAAGUACAGAGGAAUCCUGCACUGCAUCGUCCACAGCUACAAGGCUGAAGGAGCACAGGUCUUCUUCCGCGGAGCGUCAGUCAACGCCAUUCGAGGCUUUCCCAUGUGUGCCACCAUGUUCCUGACCUAUGAACUCUCCCUGCAGUUCUUCAGGCUCCAGGACAAAGAUAAAAUGUUUGUGGGAAAAUGAUCAAACUGUUUUUAGGCAGAUGGGUUUGAGCCAGUGGCAGCUGUAGGUCAGCUCACACACCACAGUCAUCCUCCUGUUCAUGAGAGUCGGCUGUAGCUUCAAUGUUGGCUGUUGUCAGACAUGCACUGGGGCCGUGACCUUCUCUUGACAUUUCCCAGCAGAGCUGCAUGAAUAAAUGCAAAUGUCUCAGUGAGCCUGCUCAGACGUUAGCAAGCGUUUGCCUACCAGCUCCCUACACAUUCAGCAACGCCUGACUGAACCUGCAGGAUUCAGCUGGCAAGAAUGCUUCCUCCCGUAAACAUGAUUAUUCGGUCAGAUUAUUUAUAAUUACUUAAGGUUAAGGUUUAAUUUUUUAUUUUAGUCUACAAGGGAUUGCUAUUAAUGUGAUGGGGCCUAGACCUCUUCAUUAUCCUCACUAGCAUCUAGCUUUUUUAACCAGUGAAGUGUCUUUGUGUCUGUCCCUGUGAACUCUGCUCUGUCAAGUAGAGUAAAAACCUGUAACAUUUGUGUUGGUUAAGAGAACACACGGUGGAUUCUGAUGUCACACGUCUCAGAAUUGAGGGCACAUUGAUUCUUUUUUUUUUGUACUUUGAUCUAAAUUUGCCAAAGAACACUGCGUGCUCGUUUAAAUGAGUUCUGGUGGAGACUAGUGACGUGGUCCGUUCGGCUGCUUCCUGACAGAAACGUUCGGACAGUGAAGCUCUGCUGGUUCACCUGCUCCUUCCUCAUGGUAGAGACGCACCCUGCUUUACCUGAGUACAAGAACAAAGGUCCCAGUUGUUUUUACGCGGUUUGCAUAGAUUUGAUCUUCAGAUCAAAAGCUGUUUGCGACAUUUACAUAGAGAAUUGCUGUAAUCUUUUUAUGCGUUGCUUCAGUUUAUGUGAAUAGGUUCGUGUGUAAUCUAGAAGUGAAUUUUUUUACAAUAUUUUGAUUGUUUUUACCUAAAACCUGUGGCCUUAAAAAAUAAACCACAAGUGCUUUUGGAAGCUGUCUGAUGUUUGUAGAAUCAUUUUGGUGGAUGGGAGCUCGUGAACUUUGACCUCAGUAAGAGAGAAGAUAAUGUUUUAACAAACAUUUGCUUUCCUGUUUAUUUCUGUUAUUUUGUUCAGAAAUGAAUAAAUUAAAAUUGAAUUAAAGGAAUUAAUUAUACAUUAAUUUUAAACCUAAAAUCUGAAAAAACCUAAAAAGUGUUAAAUGUUGCAUCCUUUGGUGCCACUGCACAUUCACUGUUUGUGCAUCUGAUGUUGUCUAUUUGUACAGAUUUGUGUUUCUUAUAUUAAGAAAGUUAAGGUAAUUUUUACUUUUCCCAACCAGUGUUUGACUGAACCAGCUUUGCUUUGCUGAGUCUGCAAAAUAAAAAUUGUUUAAAAGGUAUCUAGUCUCUAAUGUUUGGGACUGUGCAUACUUAAAAACUUUAACAUGUACUGUAAUUAUCUGCUUAUCAAAAAUGAAAAUUUGUGUGUUUGAUAGUACAUUUAAACCACGUGUACUAAUUACAAUUCAUAACUUUAGUGUUGUGUAAAUACCAAAACGACACGUGUCUUGCACAUGUACAUGUAAUAAAAGCCUUUAAUCUCA